AUGGCACAUAAAAUCAAGACCAUCAACGCCUCUUUGGUGGAUCUCAAAUCUGAGGCAUCUUUCAUUGGGCUAGUUUCCAAGAAAAUAGAUGCAACCCCUCAAGGGAUUGCAGGGGAUAGAGAAACCAACUCAUUCUUGAUGAAGAUGAAAUCGUGGUUGGAAGGAAGGAGGAUCUGUCAAAGAUAA